CUUGUGAUGGAAAUAGAAAUAAUGUAAAUAAACAAAGUGUUCUUUUCCUUUGGGAAUAUUUAUUGAAUUCUUGACACGAACAAUUAAUUCACUCGUGUCGAAAUGGAUACAACUGAAAUAGAAAAGAGUCUCUUGAUAAUAAUUCUGGAUGUCAAUCCAGUCCAGCGAAUCGUGAAACAAGAGGCGAAAAUUCUCACCCAAUGUAUAGACUCAGUAAUAGUAUUCGCAAACUCCCACCUGAUGCAGGCGUCCACCAAUGAUCUGGGGCUGAUAGCCUGUCACGGUCAGGGUGCGAAAUUCCUGUACCCAGAGACAGAGAAAUCGGUGGAAGUUCGGCAAUUCGAUGGUCAGUACGAGAAAUUUACUCUAGUGGAACGCACAGUGCGUCAGACACUCCAGGGGGUUAUCAAUGAGCUGAUAAACACGAGGCCUCUCAAUGGCGAGAGUCUCAUCUCUGGUGCUCUGUCAUUGGCACUUUGUUAUAUUGCGAGAUUAGAGAGGGAGAAAACUCCUGGUGAAAAAUUACACUCGAGGAUUCUCGUUGUUACUGGGAGCAAUGAUUCGGCGACGCAAUACAUGAAUUAUAUGAAUAUUUUCUUCACAGCACAGAAAAUGGGUGUUAUCCUCGAUGUCUGCAGCCUGGAUCAAGAAUUAACUCUGCUGCAACAAGCCUGCGAUAUAACAGGCGGGAAUUACUUGAAAAUUCCCCAGUUAGCCGGUCUUCUCCAAUAUUUACUGUGGGUCUUCCUGCCUGAUCCCGAGGUACGUGCAAAGCUCGUACUACCACCACCCGUUAAAGUCGACUACAGAGCAGCGUGUUUCUGUCAUCACGAAUUGAUCGAUAUAGGCUACGUCUGCUCGGUCUGUUUAUCAAUUUUUUGCAAGUUCAGUCCCAUCUGCACCACAUGCCACACUUUGUUCAAGAUGCCAGCUCCGAUACCAGUGAAAAUGAAGAAGAAAAAAAAAUUCGCUGAAAUUCAAUGAUCUCUAUCUCAAUCUAUCCCCUCACUAGUAGUGAAGUGCAGGUGAUGGCCAAACAUUUAUAUUUAUUAUUCUGUACACAAUUAUUUGCAUAAAUUUCAAUUUUGUAAUGAA